AUGCGUAAAAUCAACAUUAAAGCCUUAUAUUUAAAAUAUUCUCAAAUCAUUUCGCAAUUGUUUACCGAUAUCAAGAAUGCUAUACUUCACGAAGUUCUAGUAAUAUAUCGUGUGUCCAUCUCUGAUUGGACGACGACUAUAAUACCCACAUCAUUUAUGUUAAUCGGUGCAUUUUAUGCACGUUUCUUUAAUUCAAUUGAAACCCCGAUCGAUAAUACUUCACCCAUCGAGGCUAUGAAACAUAUCGGAUUUCCGCGCUUAUCAAAGAUCAUUUUAUAUUUUUCAACAUUUGUUAUGGUUACCGAUUGGCAUAAUCAACUAAAUAAUAAAGAAGAAGACUUAAUCAAUAAACCCCACCGCCCUAUUCCCUCUGGCCUCAUCACAAUACAAGGUGCUAGGCUCCGCACAAUUGCAAUCAGUAUCAUCCACCCGAUUGUAGGAUUUUUCGUUGGUAGCUUUCCCUCGUUAUUUGGUGCUCUUCUUUGGUUGGGAUGGGUUACUUUAUACAUGAAAUUCAACGUACACGCAAAUGCUUUAUCAAAAAAUUUGUAUACAGCUUUCGGCUCAUGGAUUCAACUUGUCACUGCCUACCAUCUCAUUAUUGGUACUGAUUUAAACGUAGAUGAGUGGUGGGGCGAUCAAGAUGGUGAUAUGCUUGUCGGUCGCAAAACGCUUCCCCUUCUUAUCGGUGAUGUUAUCUGCAGGUCGUUAACCGCUCCUUUGUUACUAUUUUCAGCAAUUCUCAUAGGCAGCAGUGCGAGGUGUUUAUUGUAUCAUUCCAAUUUGAAGUGGUGUCUUCUACGAGCUUAUGAAACUUGCGAAAGCUAUUUGCUUGUCGGCAUCCGAGGCAGGAUCAAUUUACCUAUAACAUAUGUUAUGGUGGACUUUAUGUAG